CUGAUUUUGUAAGGAUCUUCAGCGGGAUUUUGCGUUCUACGAAUGUUUUAAGUUAUGGGUCAGGACUUAGGCAAAACAAGCAGACUCCUAAGCAUUCGGCGAAAAGGUGGAAAGAGAGGAUUGGACACAAAAUCGGACCUUGGGUCGUCUACGGUUGCAUGUUUAGGAGGCAUUUUUUUAGGAGGCAUGUUUAGGAGGCAUUUUAUAUGGAAUAUGAACAUGGUCAAACCCGAGUCAAACCCUGAAAUUGUAUCAGCAAUAUUUUUAGCCUAUUAUGAUAAUUCAAAACAUUUUCCCCUUCCUCAGCAGUUACAGUACUGUACUUUAGGCUCAACAUUUGUCUUCUGUUUAGAUUCAAGUCUUUAUGCAAACCAUAUCUUCAAUGUGUUUGACCAUGAUAGGGAUGGAAAAGUCUCUUUUGAGGACUUUGUUACUGGCCUGUCAUUGUCACUUUAUGGCAGUAGGGAGGAAAAAAUGAGGUGGGCAUUCCAGUUGUAUGAUCUAGAUGGUGAUGGCUAUAUAACAAGAGAGGAAAUGGCCACUGUGGUUCAUUCAGUGCACUGUAUGAUGGGUAUUGACACACUGCCCACAGGUGCUGAGAUGGGGGUUGAUGAACAAGUGGAGAGACUGUUUAUGCUUAUGGACAAGAACCAAGAUGGUGUUAUAUCAGAAGAGGAGUUUUUAGAUGGUUGUGAAAAGGACGAGUCAAUAAAGCAGAGCCUGGCAAUGUUUGACUCUGUCAGUUGAAGAGAUACAAAGACAAGAAAAUAACCUACAAUUGACGAAUAAUGUUAAUUUAUUAUUAAUUCUAAUGCUCCAUUAUUUAAAAAGAGGGUAUUGUGCUAUUUAUGGUUAUCAGAGGAAUUGGUUGAAAAAUUUGUUCAGGAAUUUUGAUAAGAAAUCAAAGAUGUCCUAAACAAUGAUAAUAAUUUAAGUAUUGUCAUUAUAAUAAUGAGUGUACUUGCUUGUUUUUCUUCCAAGCACUAGGAAUAAUGAGUAAAAAAUUUCUGAAUAAUUUAAAGGCUAAUGCAGAAACCCAUGGAGUUUUACUUUCCUUGGACUUAUGAUCAAAUUUUAUGGGGUACCACAAUUUGUCAUAAGAAAAAUUUCAAAACUUUGUUAAGUGUUUUUUAAACUCUAAGUUUGUAGUAAAUGACAAGAAAGCAAAAGCUUUUGAUCACAUAAGAAGGAAAGUCGGAAUUAACUUAUCGUAAACCAUCCUCACGAGGACAUGAUGUAUAUAAUUUCUGCAGGUUUUUCCAAUUUAAUAAGCUAUGUGUAUAGUGACCCUUACUGGUGGGAUAUAAAGGUAUUUAAUUGCUCUUUAACUGCUACAGGACAGGUCCCUUUUUUAAGGAGGAAAAACGAAUUUUCUUGUUAGGUGGUAUAAAAACGUAGAUAGCUAUUAUCACAUUUAUUUAUCGUGUUUAUAAGCCUUAUUUAAUUUCAAGUUCAACGAACUGAUUUAUAUGUACAGCAACGUUUUUUCUCGGUCGAGGUGAGGUACUGCAACUCCGUUGGGGUACCGGCAUUUUGAGUUGUAUUAUUUAUUUAUUAAGUUAUUCGUGCAGUUUGUUGUAGAUAUUAUGUUCAUGCUAACGUUACUGAUAAACAUGGAUUAAACGGUCUGUAGUUCACAACCUUAAUUUUCAA